UUCGCGAUAACACAAUAGCCGUUAUAAUGCUUAACAUCAGAUGUCGAUCUGGCUGUGCGUGUUGAUAAAUCGCGAGAGCAGAUCAUAUUCGUAACGGAUCUGACAGCGUCGAAAAUUGAAGCGGAAUGAGAUAAAGUGAGCCGCUUUCGAUUGUCUCUCGCGUUAACGCAUGAAAAACAUUUGCCGUGAUUGUCGAAAAUCGCAAUGAAGGUCGAGGAAACGGGGAUACAGCGAGACCAAAACCUCCGUCGUCGCUCGGACCAUCAUCAGGACCACGAAAUCGAUUACAGAAUCGUUGUACCCGUCACGUUAUUCUGCGUCGUCAUCGUCGUGCUGAUCUUGACCGUGUGGUUCUACAGGAGAAAGCGCAUACAGCAUGGACAAAUACGACGAAGAAGAAUCCUAACAGCAUCAUCUCCCUCGGUAUAUGUAAUUCCAGAAGAGAUAAGCGACCAAAUCAGAUCGCCCGAAGAUGUCAUGAGGAGAUAUCAAAGGAGCGCUUCGUACAACAGUCAGGUCUAUCUGGUUCCGUUCAGCGCUUUGCCACCGGACUUCGAUUUCGCGUCACGUGACGUCGACGUGAAAGCAGAUUAUGUCGUUCUUAAAGACUUGAAAGCGCUGGAAACGUCCCAGCAACGGGAUUCGUCCCCCGAUGUGAAUCACUGCUACCAACCUCAAGUGUCUUACUAUUCAGACGGGACACUAACGACCACUAGUGUCGUGUACCGGCAACAAGCUCCGUACAAUCCGAAUUUUUGCGGGUGACUUUUUUUUAUUCUUUGUGUAUCCAUUUAAGAAAUUUUAGUGCUGUGAUUUUAAACAUAAUUAUAUAAACCUGACUUGAAACUGUUUAUUUAAUUUUAAAUAAUAAGAAAAUUGUAAGCGAGCGAUACAUUUUAAAAUAUAUACCUACCAUUUUUUCUUAAACAAACAUCUUUUAUUUUAAAUAAUGUAUGUACAUUCCCUUUUAUGUUUAUUGCCCUAAUGAUAUCGCACAAACGUUGUUUGCGAAAUUUAUCAAAUCCGACAAUGUUGUAAACUUAAAUCUCCGCAAAUAAUAUAUAAAUACCUAAUAUUAAGUCAUUUUAAUAUGACCCUUUACAUCCGAACGUGGUCUAAACGUGAUUUAUUCAAAAAUAGUAAACAGUGGGAUGAGUCAAAUAUAGGGCUUUCUUUAAUUUCGAUUUUCGAUCUAAAUAAUUCCGAAUGGAGAAUAAUUAUAUUCAUAUAGAGCGACUAGUCUUUCCGCGUACAAAUACAUUACAAUUUUACUUUUAAAUAACAAGUGAUUUUUGUUCAAACUUUGUUAUCGAAAGCUGCUUGUUGUGAUUAAUAAACGUCGCCAAAUUGCCGCAGAUAUUAAUUUUGUCAUUGGUAACUACGUGACUUAUGACGUUACA